AUGGGGGUCGACCAGGCUUACCAAGACGAAGGCGUUCCUGGAGUCGACGCGCUACAGGUUGGGAAGCGCUAUGGCGAAGAGCGCGCGAAGCGACUCCGUGACGACGGCAACGACCAGUUCAUCGACAUCUCCCUCUCCGACAAAUUCCAGUCCUUCCUAGAGGAUCCAUGGGUCGACAGGGCCGCGGUCAAAGACGCAAGGUCAAUGUUUCCCAGCAACCGCUGUCAAAUGCUCAUCCUCGGCGCUGGCUGGGGUGGCUUGUUGUAUGCAGUGCGGAUGAUCGAAGCCGGGAUUCGCCCCGAAGACAUCCGUAUCAUCGACACUGCGGGCGGCUUCGGUGGGACCUGGUACUGGAACCGCUACCCAGGGAUCUCGUGCGAUAUUGAGAGCUACUGCUACUUGCCAUUGCUGGAGGAGACGGGCUACGUGCCACGACACCGGUACUCUCAUGGAGAAGAAAUCCGCCACUAUGCCAAUCUCGCCGCCCAGAAAUGGGGAAUGGCUGACAGCGCCGUUUUCCAGACCAAGGCCCAGAAGCUGGUAUGGGAUGAAGAAGCAAAAGAGUGGCGGGUGGAACUCGUACAGCAGCGCAAAGGAGAGCAGCCACAGACGCUGAAUAUCCGCGCGCCGUUCGUGGCGACUGUGAACGGCGCCCUCAACUGGCCGAAGUUGCCUGGAAUACCGGGAAUUCUAGAUUACCAGGGCGAUAUCUUUCACUCGUCGCGCUGGAACUAUGCGCUCACUGGCGGAUCGCCGGCGGACCCGUCCCUCACGAAGCUGCAAGGAAAGCGGGUGGCCAUUAUAGGCACGGGGGCAACUGCAGUCCAGAUCGUCCCACAUCUUGCGCACUGGGCAAAGCAUCUGUACGUCGUCCAGCGCACCCCAUCGGCGGUAGGCCAUCGUGAUCAGCGGGAGACGGACUCCAAAUGGUUUCGCAAAGACAUGGCUACGUCGGCGGGCUGGCAACGCGAGCGCAUGAGGAAUUUCCACCAACACUUCACCACCGAGAAACAGCCCGCAGUCAACAUGGUAGAUGACGAGUGGACCAGCGCAGUUAGUAUGGUCGCAAUUUCCGGUAACGCUGCAGGACCCAAGACGAUGGACGAGCUGCCGGCAUACAUACAGAAGCUCCAUGCCAUCGACCUCCCACGGCAGGAGAGAAUUCGCAGGCGAGUGGAGCAGGAGGUCAAAGAUCCGCUCGUCGCGAAGAAGCUGCAGGCUUGGUACCCUACCUGGUGCAAGCGCCCCGCCUUCCACGAUGAAUACCUAUCGACGUUCAAUCGCGAAAACGUAACUCUCAUUGACACGGACGGCAGGGGCCCCGAUCAGCUUACCGCCAACUCCAUCGUCGUAGGCGACCAGUCUUACCCCGUGGACGUAAUCAUCUGUGCCACCGGCUUCCGUGCUCCGUUCACCGGGUCUCCGGCGGCGAAGGCCAACGCGACCAUCAUCGGCCGUAACGGCGUGUUGAUGAGCGAAGAGUGGGCGCGCAGCGGGCCAUUGACGCAACAUGGCGUUCUUGAUCACAACUUCCCCAACCUCUUCCUUUCUGGGCCGUGGCAAGCCUCGCUCAGCCCGAACAACUUGUUCAACGUGGACACUCUCGCAAAGCUCUCGGCAUACAUUCUAGCGGAGGCGAAGCGCAAAGCUGGCGGGAGCCCCUUCGCUGUAGCGCCAACCAGCGCUGCAGCAGAGAACUGGGGCAUGCAGGUGAUGAUGAACUCGAUACCAAUGGCUGCCAUAGCCCGCUGUACGCCGGGCUACUUCAAUGUUGAGGGCGGAAUUGACCGCGCGCCGCCCGAGGUUCAGAUGAUUAUGGCGCGCUCUGGUCUCUGGGGCCAUGGUAUUGAAGACUUCGUUCGGAUCGUGGAAGCGUGGCGUGAAGAAGGCAGGAUGCAAGGCAUCGAGGUGCGGACAUAG